CCACCAGUCACCACUCCAGUCCAAACCCAUCCGGAUUCGACGAACGACCCGGCGGCCGGCGGCGAAGAGGGAGAUGGCGGCGGCGGCGGCGGAGGUGAGGUACGGGAUAGUCGGUGUCGGGAUGAUGGGGCGGGAGCACCUCCACAACCUCGCCCACCUCGCCGCCGAGGUCGGGCGGGAGCAGUCCGUCAAGGUGCGGGUCACCGGCCUCGCCGACCCCCACCAGGAGUCCCUCCGCCUCGGCCUCCAGCUCGCCGACGAGCUCGGUCUCCCCGCUCCACAGAGUGCAACUGCAAAUACUGAGAAGCUGCUGAAUCCUUAACAACCAGAAGGUUUCGAUGCAAGACCUUUUCAGGCCACCGCGAGCUGCUGGACAGCGGGCUCUGUGACGCCGUCAUCGUGUCGUCGCCGAACAUGACCCACUACGAGAUACUCAUGGACAUCAUCAGCCACCACCAACCACACCACAUCCUCGUCGAGAAGCCCCUGUGCACCGCGGUGCAGCACUGCAAGAAGGUAAUUGAAGUGGCACAACAGAGACCAGACAUAAUUGUGCAAGUUGGAUUGGAGUACAGGUACAUGCCACCAGUGGCAAAGCUGAUAGAUAUCGUUAAGAGCGGCACACUAGGGCAAGUCAGAAUGGUGGCCAUACGUGAACACCGUUUUCCUUUCCUUGUUAAGGUAAACAACUGGAACAGGUUCAAUUGCAACAGUGGGGGGACUCUGGUAGAGAAGUGCUGCCACUUCUUUGAUUUGAUGAGACUGUUUGCAGCUGCGAACCCGGUUCGUGUGAUGGCUUCUGGAGCCAUCGAUGUUAACCAUAAGGAUGAGAUGUAUGAGGGAAAGGUCCCAGAUAUAAUUGAUAACGCAUAUGUGAUUGUAGAAUUUGAUAAUGGCUCUCGUGGCAUGCUUGAUCUCUGCAUGUUUGCUGAAGGAAGUAGAAACGAGCAAGAAAUUUCUGUGGUUGGUGACACUGGGAAGGGUGAAGCUUUUGUUCCUGAGAGCAUUGUCAGGUUUGGAAAGAGAACGGAAGGCAGAGAUGGAGUUGUAACAAUAAUGGCCGAAGAUGACCGAAUCAAGUAUCAAGGUCUUCAUCAUGGAUCCAGCUACUUGGAGCACCUCAACUUCUUAUCUGCUAUAAGGGCUCAAGGUGCCUAUGGACCUUCCGUCAACUUAAGCGACGGUCUACUAUCUGUUGCCAUUGGCAUGGCUGGUCAAUUAUCAAUUGAGCAAGGCCGGUUUGUGACCAUGGAAGAGGUCUUAGGUUCCUAGGCUGAUAAUUCAGGUGAGACACAGGUGGACAUGCCAAUGUAUUGUACAACCUUCCUAUGUAGAUUAGGUACAGUACACAGACUUCAGAAUGCUCCCAACUCCUGAGCUUUCGCAAUGUUAUAAUAAUGGGCAUUUGAAUUCUUCAUGGAAAGAGGUCUCUUCAACCCAUUCAAUGCGAUCAACGGAACAUACGGAGAUGUUUUUUUAAUCUGCACUGUAUCUCUUAGUUUACCUCCAAAUUUUUGAAGUUCAAUACGUUAUGCGCUUGCAUUCUCCAA